AUGGACUCUAGGGUAUGGCUGCCGUCGGCCUCUUCUUUCUUCGUUCCCAUGUUGCCAAACUUCCAACUUCUAAGCCACCUUUUGAGCAAUGGCGGCAGAGAGGAUAGGUCAAAGAAGGUAAGGUCGGCUGACUUUGUUUCAAAAGACUCCAAUGACUUUACAGUUUCUCAUUGAACGAUUCCUACACGAAGAGGACGAGGCCAAACCACCAGAAUCAUCCCUUCCGGCAGCCAUACCCACGGUCAGAACCUUCAAAUUUACACUUCAGCUGAAUGUGUAAGGAAAAUCAGUGGGAUUGGUCAAGUAUUUUUUUUCCCGACUUGAAAGGCGAGAUGGGCGAAUUGCCAAGUAUGAAUUUUCGUGUAAGCGACGCGGAUUUUGACAGGAAACUCGACGUCAAAAGCAAUCAUGGAGAAAAGUUAAAAAUAAAUGAAAAAUAAAAGAAAAUUUUUGUUUUUCAUUAUUUUUAUACGUUUAUUCGAACAGCUAGUACUUUUUUAAAACCAUCAAAACUGAAAACUUUUGAAAACUAUCGAAAAAUACGAUAAACAUAAAAACGAGCCUAGAGCUUCCAGCCAAAAACCCACGUCGCAUAAAAUGCGGCAUACGCAACAAGUCACCUUUGCCUCGCCUUUCAACUCGGGAAGGAUUGACUAGCGGAACCAGCGAAAAGAAGUCUUUACAGCGAGUUCGCAGCUUUCAGCGCUAGUCAUCGAAUUUUUUUUUCGUUGACAUUUUCAAAUGCUGGCCACUCAUCACAUCAAAAAGUUUAUUAUAAAACAGUCUACGAGUCUAAAAAUCUGCUCUUUAGACAGUUUUUGCAUGUUUUGAUUAUUCCUUGGAUCCUAUUUGAUCAGCAAACUUUGAGAAGAAAGUUUGUUUCCAUAAAGUUAAUAAUAUUCGAGAUGGAAUCAAUUUUUUUUAAACUUCAGAUAGUACCCCCACCGUCGGUGGAGUUUGUCAACGGCGGCUACGGCGUGAAAAACCCGCUAGCGCCUUUGGCUUCCUCUGUUUCGCAUGCGGUGGCUUCUUCGACGACGGUCCAGGAAUCAGCCGAAGAGAAUCUCGCCUGCUCUAUUUGUGGAAAAGUCAGGGCUGUCAUUUCAUACAUCGCAUGUCUCAGUUAUGGAAUAAAUGUUCUUAACCAAGAUUUUCCAAUGAAAACCUUUUCGAAACUUGAAAAUAUCUCUUAUAAAUUUUUUAAAAUUGGAUUUUCCGAUUUGGAAGAUAGUUAAUUUCGACCUUUUCAGAAGAAUCAAUGAAUCGGCGAGCGUAGUAAAACUCAAACCAGCGACGGAACUGAUUUUAUGUUUUAUAGGCUGAAAUAUGAUGCUUCUUUUUUGAUCUGUGGCGAUUUAUUCAAUUUUUAAAUUCGAAAACUUCAGAAGUUCGGUCUGCAGCGGCUGUUGAACAGACAUGUGAAGUGUCACUCGGACUUGAAGCGCUACCUGUGCACUUUUUGCGGAAAGGGGUUCAACGACACUUUCGACCUGAAGCGUCACACGCGGACGCACACAGGUUCUUUUUGCCUUUCUCCGUGAAACGCGCGACGGCCUUGCCGUUUUGUGCAAAAAGACGCAUCAGACCGUAUCCGCCAAUGGUAGGCCGCCGCAAAUAAUAACGACGUCAAGCGGACCCUUUUCCUCGCCUCCGAACAAACGCGAAGUUUGCAGGAGUCAGGCCGUACAAAUGUGAACACUGCGAGAAGUCUUUCACCCAAAGAUGCUCUCUGGAAUCUCAUCUACGGAAAGUACACGGCGUCGCACAUCGUUAUGCCUAUAAGGAGCGUCGAAGCAAGGUUCGCUUCUUCGCGUUUUUCUUAAAAAGUCCAUUCUAAUGAGAAUGACAGGUGUUCGUGUGCGAAGACUGCGGGUUCACAUCGGAGCAAUUCGAGACGUAUGUUUCCCAUUUGAAGAUGCUGCACCCAUUCUCGCCGACUUUGCUCCGACUGACCUCCGUUCCCAAAAAGGUUUAACUCGAUGUCUGUAAUCACAAGAUUCGUCGCAGCCUUCUUCGCCAGCGUCGUCCAGCCAGUCUUGCUGA